CGGCGAACAGCGUGCAGCGGUGAUGUCAACAACAUCGGUCAGUGGGUCAGCCCGUUAACGAAGAUAGUGUAAUUAUGCCCGGUACCGAACCUCACACUAACAGACAGUUAACGGCUGCGGUUCUUUUCUCCAGGAAACCUAAUGAGCCAUGAUCACCACGGAGGCUGCGAGGGAGUUCCAGGCCAAAGAGCGCAAAUACAAAGAGCAGCUGAGGAGAUGUUUAUCAUCUGCUUUAUCUGCAGACCUUAACAGGUUGCUGCAGGAGGAACUGGAGGCAGAUGUUUCCCUCUAUGCUGGCUCAGGCUCGCUCCAGGCACACAGAGCCAUACUGUUGGCCAGAGCUCCUCAUGUCCUUCAAGGACAGACGCACAAAGAUCCUGCCAUCAUUCAUCUGUCUGGCUACGAGCUGUCCGGGUUAAAAGAUUUCCUCAGGCGAGUGUACACAGCAGACCAGAGCAUGCGCACGGCUGAAAUGAUCCCAGACGUUGAAGGCUCAGCGCCAGAAAGUACUCCGUCUGCUCCCGACCCGGCAGACCUUCAUAGUUCCACUGACUCAGAUGCUGCUCUCGAGCCAGCCUCGGGCCUCGGAGCUGACUUGCUGGAUCUGUACCAGAGGGGGGAGCAGUGUGACAUCACCAUCCAAGUAGCAGAGCAGGUCUUCUCCUGCCACAGGGCAAUCCUGUGUGCACGGUCGCAGUACUUCCGAGCUAUGCUGAGUGGGAGCUGGAUGGAGAGCUCCAGACAGUGCAUCACUCUGCAAGGCUUAGGGCCAGAUGAGAUGGAGAUCCUGCUCCAGUUCAUGUAUGGGGCCAUUCUGGAUCUGCCACCUGGAGCCAGUGCAAGUCAGGUGGUGCUGGCAGCAGACAUGUUGGGUUUAGAGGGGCUGAAAGACGUGGUGGAGAUGGUUCUGACCCGAGACUACUGUCGCUUCUUCCCAAAGCAGCCGAUUGAUGGGGUUCAAAGAACAGUUCUCGAGUGUCUGUCCCUCACACACGCCUUAGGCCUUCAAAACCUCCACAUGCUGUGUAAGAGGUGGGUUGCUGAUCAUUAUGUGAAGACCUGGUGUGAGAGAAACUUUUCCCUCUUGUCCCCUGAGCUUCACGCCGCUUGUCUAACGGCUGUAACUGAAACCAUGACUGUGCAGAACGCUGUAACAAUGCUCUGUGGCACCGAGCAGCUGAUUGGCAGCCUCCCAGAAGUCAAGUGGGCCCAACAGGUGAGGAGUCUUGCCACAGAGCUGCAGGAGGCGAGCCUGCACGUCAUUGUCCAGCAUCUCCCUAAAGUUGUCCACACUCAGGCCUUCCGGGACCUUCGCAGGAGGGAAGAGUUUACCCGUGAGCCCACGUUGUUGAAGAAGCUGUGUUCAGCCAUCAGAGAAGGUGUGACUGUGGACAACUGCUGUGAUCUUUUCGCUGCUGUGUACUGUCUGUGUGGAGAGGACGCAGAAGAGGACUCUCUCCUGGAGCGGGGAGGGCAAAAACAAGAGGAGCCAUUCAGGCAAGAGAUUUGUACGCUGCGUGCUCGGCUGUGGACCUUUCUGCUUCAGACCUUUUACGCGGUCCGCCACACGCAGGGAUGGGAGACCCUGUCCUCCAAACACAGAGAGAGAAUACUGGCAGAUGCUAUUGAUAAAGGGGACAACCGGAGACUUGGUAAAAAGCCUGUAUUCACUAGCUCACAGUCAAGGGCUGUAAAAUGCCCUUCAUCUGCCCCUGAGAGUCCUCCUGUGCACAGGACCCAGCGGGUGUCUGAAAACACAGCUUCCUCCUACCGUAGCGCUGCAUCAGCCAUGAAGUCUGAUGGACUGGGGACAGCUAACAAACCAGGAGACGGUCACUCAUCCAAAGCAAAGAAUGUGAAGAAGCCAGGAGACCGGAGUGUAACAGCAAAAGCAAAAACGGCAUCAGCUGGCACACCAGUUGUCAAUGGCACAGGAGCUGCAGGGGCCAGGCGGGAUGUAGCCAGCGCCAACGGCCCCAGAAGCUCUCAUGGAGCUAGAGAGCAAGAGAAGAAGCCAAACCCAGGUGCACGGCCUAAAACAUCUCCGCCGAGCUGCACGUCUGCGAGCCAGACGGGGGUAAUGAAGGCUCAGAAGAGCUCAACAGGAAAGGCUGACAGCACUGUUGGCACCGCCCAGGCUCAGCCCAGCGCUACAUCCACAUCGGGCAGCGCCUCGCCAGAGAAUGGUGCCAGCAGCCCUCGCAAUGACACCCACUCUGUUCCAGGUGCAAAGCCCAAACACCAGGCUAAGGCGGUGACCAAAUCCCCAUUGACAAAACCUCCUCAGAAAUCAGAUGCAACAAAGAUCAGCAGUCCUACCAAUAAGUCAAGUGUGAGAGACAGUGGCAAAAGCAAGUCUGGUGCAGCAGAGAAAGUAUCUACUGGAGGUGCAGCAGCGAGAGCAGACACCAAGGGAAGAGGCACACCAGAACACCAUGCCUCAAAGCCUGGAUCCUCUAUGAAGAAGCCAGCUUCCCCCAGGAAAGAAGACAGCAAGGAUGGGUCGAAAUCCUCAGCACCAGACAAAGCAGCCAGUGAAGCUCCUAAAAAGAAGAUCACAAAGCCCGUUCCGGGGACUGGAGCCUCGGCUAAAUCCAGUGCUAAACCACCAAAAGCCUCUUCUGCCCCCGCCAAGCAAUCUUGCGUAGGAGCUGCCAAGUCUGGACCAAAGCCCAAAAGUACUACUGAAUUAUCUGCGGAGAGAGCUUCUCCAAAAUCGGGAGGAGCUUCCAAAACCUCAGCAGCCUCCAAGAAAUCAGGAACUAAAGGAAAAGAGGUAGCGAAUGGUAAAAAUACAGACAGUAAAACUGAAGUUGCUCCAACUGAAAGCACUGGUGAUGUUGAAGUUUGUAAAGAUAGUACAGAGGUAGCGCUCUCUGACCAGCCUGCAGCACAACCACCAAGUCAGGGCGAAGGGGAUUCACACAGCCUUCAGGUAGAAUCGAGCCCGAAGAAGAGUCUCCAGACGACUGAAGUACAGUCAGAAAACACUAACAGUGCACCAGCAGCUAACAGCAUCCCCCUUGUCAAAGCUGCCAAUGCAGACACUCGCAAAGAGACUGAAGGGAGUAAAGUGAAACAGUCUCAGAGCAAUGUCAUCCCUGCUCACAUCAGUGGAGGGCAGGUUCAGGAGGUCAGCUCCCCAAAUUCUCCAAAAGACACCGAACACCCCAUAGACACCCCCUGCAGCAUGGGAAGCACUGACACUCCCAUAGAAGACUCUUGGAGCGGUAUUCACCAUCAGGUCAGCCCGGAGUCCGAGACUGGCAGCACACACACCACUUCCUCUGAUGACAUCAAGCCCCGCUCGGAGGACUAUGACGCGGGAGGCUCGCAAGAUGACGACUGCUCCAACGACAGAGGCGUUUCCAAGUGCGGCACCAUGCGCUGCCACGACUUCUUGGGCCGCAGCAGCAGCGACACAAGCACCCCAGAGGAGUUGAAGAUGUACGAAAGCGGCGCAGGGUUGAGAGUGGAGGUGCGGCUGCGUGGGCGAGACGCUGAGACCACCAGCGAGGAGGAGGGAGUUAGGCAGCGUCCUCGUUCCUGGUUGCACAGAGACGAGAUCCCUGUGGAGGAGGAGCACUCAGAGGUGGAGGCCACUGUGACUGUAAAAAGCGUCCCCGACCACCAGCUCUUCUCCUCUGAGGAGGAAGAGGAAGACGAAGAUGAAGAGGCAACGGAAGAUGAGAGGUCUGAAGUUGAGGUGAUUCCAGGUCAGGCUUCAGUGCCGCCAACUGAGCCCUCGCCACACUUUCAGGGGAUCGUCAAUCUUGCUUUUGAUGACGACGGUGUGGACCAGGAGAACGACCAGCCCGACUACCAGUCGAGUUCCAACUUCCGUCGCUCAGUGUUGCUCUCUGUUGACGAGUGUGAGGAGCUGGGUUCAGAAGAGGGCGGCAUCCAAACUCCACCUCAGCAGCCUGACGACGCUGUGACUCCUUGUGAUGUUUUCGAGUCUGACUCUGCAGCUCCUCAGUCCAAUUGUGCCCCUUCAGGUGACCAACAGAACCAUCUACCAUGCCAUCAGGAAAGCGCAGACACAAAGCACGAUGAGGAACAGGAAGAAAAAUCCUCCAUCUUCCUCACAGAGAUCAAGGAGCCCAUGCCAGAGGAGAGUAAUCACAUCCAGGCCGAUGGCGUGAAGUCCAGUGGUCCUCUCCUGGAUGCUGACACUAGAGACCUCCCUCCCCAGGAGCGCCCGUGCCACCUGGAUCUGCGGCACACUGAACAAUACAACGGAGCGCCGCGCAAAAAUCACCCCAAUCCCUCUGAAAGCAAGAAAGCUGAUUUACAUCUAGACUUAAAUGAGCCUCAGCUGACAGGGGACUCUCCUGUACAUGCUGCACAAUCUCCAGCAGGGGACAAUGGUUGUGACAGAUUGGAUCAAACCUGCAAACAUGACCGCCGGCCAUCCAAAGCCCUCUCUCCCAUUUACGAGAUGGAUGUGGGAGAAGCCUUCGAGCACUGCUCGGACAAGGACAAGAAUGUAAAACUGAAGGCAGAGGAAGAAAAGCAGAGAGAGGACGAUGACAAAAGCAAUGAGUUUGCAGAGCGGGACUGGAGCCUGCUCAGGCAGCUCCUCUCGGACCACGAGUCCAAUCUGGGCGUCAUAAACCCCGUGCCUGAGGAGCUCAACUUGGCCCAGUAUCUCAUCAAGCAAACACUGUCGCUGUCACGUGACUGCCUGGACUCGCAGGCCUUCCUGUCCCCAGAGAAGGAGACCUUCAAACGCUGGGCGGAGCUCAUCUCGCCCAUGGAGGACUCCUCCACCAGCAUCACAGUAACCAGCUUCUCCCCAGAAGACGCUGCAUCUCCACAGGGGGAGUGGACCAUCGUGGAACUGGAAACACAUCACUGACUGCACAGAGGAGAGCCUGCCGGACAGUUGACACCUUCUCUGGGAACUUUGAACGUAUUUACAUCAACUUUGUCUUAAUUUAUUAUAAUUUAUAACCAUAUUCUGUCCUGACGUGUCUCUUUUUCUGGACUCUGCAAAAACUCUGGACUUUGCAGCAGCUUAUUUGCAUUCCUCAUGAUGCCCUCAGUGGACUGUUUCCUGACACAAGUGGGCUGUUAUGCAUGCUGAUAUUUUUGUAUGUCUGACUGUUUAAUUGAUGUUGCUUCGAAGCUCUAGAAAAGAAUAGAGUAAGAGAAAAAUCAUUUCUUUCUCAUGGCAGUCUUCUGAUAAUAUGGUGGACUGACGUUUCUUAAAGAAAAAACAAUAUCAGCCGACUGGCUUGCAUUUAGUGUCAUAUUGGAAAUAAAGGUUUGUGUUUCUUGAAAAAAUGAAACGUGGUCCUCACUGUCAAGUCAUAGAGGAGUUGUCAGACAUUCUGCACUGAUAUAGGUUUCAUUUCAACAUGGACCUUUUUCACAGCAGACACUUUGACAUGUCAUAGUAGCCCAUCAAUUUAUGCU